GUGACGAGAGCGAACCAGCGAACGCGUACCGCGAAUCGCGACACCGCGUACAGCGUACGGGAAAUAAACAGAACAGAGAGCGGCGUGUAGUAGUGGUGGUGGCGAGAGCGCGCGUUUAACAACCAUGUCGUCGUCGAACAAGAAGGCCAAGGAGGAAGAUCCAGGCUCGGGCGAGGGAGAUGUCCGCGAUUACGACGUCGAGAUACAGAAGACCCUCGAGGAGAUCGACGGCUGUCAGAAUCAAAUCGAUGGCCUGAACGAGAAGGCCAGCGACGAGAUCCUCGAGGUCGAGAAGAAGUAUAACAAGCUGCGCAAGCCCUACUUCCAGAAGCGUAACGACAUCAUUAAGAGGAUACCCAACUUCUGGGUCACUGCUUUUGUAAACAACAAAGAAAUAGCAGAAAUAUUAGAAGAAGACGAGGAAGAUGCAUUGAGAUUCUUAAACAAAUUAGAAGUUGAAGAAUUCGAAGAUAUCAAAUCUGGCUAUAGGAUUAAUUUUUACUUUGAUGAGAAUCCAUAUUUCGAAAACGAUGUUUUAACUAAGGAAUUUCAUCUAGGAUCUUCUGGAGAUCCAGCAUCUCAAAGUACAUCUAUUCGUUGGAAAGAAGGUGCGGAUUUAACAAAGAAAGCAAAAACCAAAGCACCACUGAAAGGACGUAAGAGGCCACUCAAGCACAGGUCAUUUUUUGAUUGGUUUACGGAUCAUGGAGAUCCAAGCUCAGAUGAGAUAGCUGAACUUAUUAAAGAUGAUAUGUGGCCUAAUCCAUUGCAGUAUUACCUGGCUCCAGAUAUGGAAGUUGAAAAUGGUAUUGAGGGCGACGGUGAAGAAUGUGAAAGCGAAGAGGAGGAUGAAGAGGAAGAUGGUGCGGAUGAAGGUGAUGAAGGAGGAGAAGGAGAAGAGGGGGAUGAUAGUAUAGUGGUGGUCGAGGAUGACGUUGAUGAAGACGAUGAUGAGGAUGAGGCUGUGAAUGAUGAAGAUGAUGGUGUCAAUGAAGAGGAUGAUCUAUUGGACGAUGAAGGGGAUCGUGAAGAGGGAGAAGAACCUAUAUAAAGUUGGAAUUUGGUUUCUUUGGUUCAUCAUACAAAAAACGUGAAAAAAAAAGAAAGAAAAAUGAAUGAAAUUUUGUGCACCGAAUCAAUCAAGAGCAGAUAGUUUAGUGGACUGAAAACAAUAUGCCAUAUGAAUAAAUCUCAGGACACAUUUUUUCUGAAUAUAUGAAAAUAGAGAAGCAGAAUUUAGAAGAUCUAGACUCUUUCAAUUGAGAACCUGUGUAAAAAUACAGCAUUUGUUAAGAUAUAUUGAAAGUGGUUUGAAAGGAAAGGGUCUGGAUUAAAUUAGAUAGGUUCUACCAUUGCACUAAAUCUGUCAAAACAUAAGACAAAUUCCUCAGUUAUAUUCAUAUGGCCUAGUCGUCGUUCCCUUUAUAAAAUAACGUCCGCUUGGUUCUCAAUAUCGCGGAUUUUAUGAAUAAGUUAGGAUAAAAUAGAACGAGGCAUUAGAUGAAGAGUUCCAUUUGCUUUCCUAUAAAAAUUAUUCUUUAGAUAACUUCCAGAACGAGGUGUCUAUUUAUAGAAUUUUUGAGAGUGACGACUAUAUCUUCCGCACAUGAAAUACACGGACUUUUACACCAUUGUCUUAUUACUUUUGAA